AUGCAGCCACCACCGCGGCAAGCUCCUGCUCCACCUACUGCCGCGUCGUCGUCAUCCCAGCUUUCAGGCUCAACCAAGGUCUCCAAGAGCAGCGGCGGAGCGGCAAGUAGCUCCAGUGGGCCAGGUGCCGCGCCUCGCAGGCGAGAAACCAAGAAGAGCACAAUGAAGGACUCGGAGGUGAUAGCUCGCCUUCAAGCCAUCUGUACCGAUGCCGACCCCACAAAGCUGUACCGCUCCCUUGUCAAGAUCGGGCAAGGGGCCUCUGGCGGCGUUUACACGGCCUAUCAAGUCGGCACAAAUGUGAGCGUGGCGAUCAAGCAGAUGAACCUCGAGCAGCAGCCCAAGAAGGACCUCAUUAUCAACGAAAUUCUCGUCAUGAAAGAGUCGCGACAUCGCAACAUUGUCAACUUCAUCGACUCGUUCCUCUUCAAGGGGGACCUCUGGGUCGUCAUGGAGUACAUGGAGGGCGGGUCCCUCACCGACGUCGUUACUUGCAACAUCAUGACUGAAGGCCAGAUUGCAGCCGUUAGCCGUGAGGUGUUGGAGGGGCUCAAGCAUUUGCACGAGCAUGCCGUCAUCCAUCGCGACAUCAAGUCGGACAAUAUUCUCCUGAGCAUGGAGGGAGAUAUCAAGUUGACGGACUUUGGUUUCUGUGCGCAGAUUGGUGAGGCGCAUGCGAAGAGGACCACGAUGGUAGGGACGCCGUACUGGAUGGCUCCGGAAGUCGUCACGCGCAAGGAGUAUGGACCGAAGGUGGACAUCUGGUCUCUCGGCAUUAUGUGCAUUGAAAUGGUGGAAGGCGAACCUCCCUACCUCAACGAGAACCCGCUCCGUGCCCUCUACCUCAUUGCAACACACGGUACGCCGAAGAUCAACAAUCCCGAGAAUCUCACCCCAGGCUUCCUCGACUUCCUCCACUCGAGCUUGGAAGUCGAUGCCGAGAAGAGGCCUGAUGCAGCGGGUAUGCUCAGGCAUCCCUUCUUGGCGAAAUGUGCGGAUCUGAGGACAUUGGCUCCGCUCAUCAAGGCGGCAAGAGAUCAGAACAAGAAGUAG